UUUUAUAUGAGAAAAAACUUAUUAAAAACUAUAUUUUUUACCUGAGGAAACCCAGGUAACCCCUUAAAAACGAACUGAUGGAAAUAAAUAUAUUCGGCUCCUUUUACUGUGACCUCCGAGGUGGUUCUGAGUGUAUAAGAACACAAAAUUGUUAUACUCUGUGUAGCAUGUUACAAGAGUAUAAUAGAGAGUAUUGUCGAAAUAGGUGUUUUUGCACCGUUUCAGCAAAUAAAUGUCUAGGUAUGUCUUCUAACGUUGAAUAAUGUAAAAUAUUGUUUAGCAUAUACAAAAAUGUUUAUUUGUGUGUACAAAUAAUUAAAAGAGUUUAUGACUAUAAAUAGUUUACAGUACCGUUUAGUUAAUAUCAGUUCAACUCGGCUCCUUACACUAACUUUACAUCGAAACAUAGGUUUCGUAUAAUUAGCAUGUGGCAACUAUUUUCAAGUGUUAUUGUCGCUGUUGCGAUCGAUUUGGUAUGUGCAGGACAUAUUCCACUGGGUCAAGCCACCAGUUACGCUUCUGUGGUGCAACAUGAACAAGUGCCUCACCAUGGUGGCUACACGGGUCCAGUUAAUUAUGUGAUCUUAGGAGAUAAGCAACACGAACCACAUCACUAUCCAAAAUAUGCAUUCGAUUAUGGGGUUAAGGAUUCUCACACUGGCGAUAAUAAGAGACAUUGGGAACAACGUGAUGGCGAUUACGUCAAAGGUGGUUACACACUACUUGAAUCAGACGGCACUACUCGUGUGGUUGAAUACUCCGCUGAUGAUCACAAUGGUUUCAAUGCUAUAGUGAAGAAGAUCGGACACGCGCACAACCCAAAAGUAUAUUAUCAUAAGGAAGCCUACGGCUAUGACAACCACAGACCAUAUCCUCAAGGACAUUCCGGCAGCUAUGUGGAAAUCAAACAAUACCAUUAAAUUGUGUAACCUCUGAUACGAAGUAUUAAAAAAUAAGUUUUAUAUCUA